AUGGCCAACCUCGCGUCGCUCGCCAAACGGGGAAUGUCGACGGCCUUCGGCCCGCGUACGAUCAACGCGUACGCUUCGUUCGAGCAGUCGGGCUUGCUCAAGCCCUGGCAGUACAACUCGCGCCCUCUAGGCGACGACGACGUCGAGAUCAAGAUCACGCACUGCGGCAUCUGCGGAGGCGACCUCAUGGCGCUGGACGGCGGCUCUGCCCCGCGCCCUUGCAAGAAGGAAGAAGCGCGCGCUCUCGGGGCUGCGAAGUAUUACGACCUGAGCGACCCGGAGGACGUGAAGAAGGCUGCUCAGUCCGUCGACAUGCUGCUGGUGACCGUCGCGUCGCCGAACCUCCCCUACAACACGUACAUCAGUCUCGUACGCAAACUCGGUACACUCGUGGUGCUGGGAGUCCCGCCCGACAACAUCAGCUUCAAUCCCAUGCUCCUUGUGGGGACCGGUGUUCGUAUCGUCGGCAACUUGGUCGGCAGCAUCGAAGACGUCGCGGAUACCCUGAAGCUAGCGGCCGAGAAGAACGUAUAG